AGCUUUUGUAGUUUCCUAGCUUGACGCAUUCGCGCAGACGGAUAGAUUGGCGAACAUGGCAAGGGCGACUGAGUGCCUUCUGAUCCACAAUAUAUGUAUCGUUUAAGGUUGAAGACUUCUGCCGCUGCCCGUUUAACUUGCACAAAAGAAAAGUUCGAUUGAAACCCAGUUUGGAGGCCUAAUCGGCAGCAAACGGGGCUGUGGAUUCGUUGUCAAAGGCGGAACAAUUAUAUAAGUGGAAACUAAAAGUCGACCGUAAGCCGAGCAACAGGCAGGAACAGUUUGCUGAGGAUAACGCGACACAGCCAUCGAGAUCAGAAUGGGCCUCACGGCCAGCCAUCAGCUGAACGCAUCGGAGCUGAGCGCAUAUCAGGCGGCCACCGGGCUGUCCACGGAGCAGCUGGAGCAGUUGCAUACACGCUUCCAGGCGUUGGAUCGACGUCAGCGCGGCUAUUUGACGCCAACCGAGCUGCUGCGCAUACCGCAGUUGGCGCAGAAUCCACUCCACCGCCAGAUCAUCGAUGGCUUCUUUGCCGUCAUCAAGGAAACCGACUCGGAUGCGAACAAGGACAAGGCUGCGGCUGCGGAUACGGAUGCGGAUGCUACCAGUGCCGAUCGCAUCUAUUUUGGCCAAUUUGUGCGCACCUGCGCCACCUUUAUGGUGCCCCAAUUUGGUCAGCUGACACAUACGCGCGCCGAUGGCCGCGCCCAGAAGCUGCGCCUGCUCUCCCAAAUGUUCGACACGCAGCGCAGCGGACGGAUCGAACGCGCCGACUUUCGGCGGACGAUGAAAUGCCUGCUGGACAGCGUCCCGCCCUCGGAUGGGGUGGCCAAUCUGCAUCCGCAGGGCAGUGAAACGGAGCUCCAGCAGCUGGAGGACCUUGCCUUUGGCGCCAGCGAUAGCAUCUCCUACGAGCAAUUCGAACAGCGUCUGGCCACGGCCGAUGUCGAGGGCGGGCUGGCGGUGCGCAAGUGGCUGGAGGAGCCCGCCGACGAGACCAACUGAGAAUCAUCAUGAAAAUCAACUUGAGCACAAGCAUCCACAAUAUUUCUAAAUUUUGUUCAGUUAUUGUUUUGUUUUUGCUGUUUUUUUUU